UUGUCUGCUCGCCAUUUUGUUGGGCUAGUUGUGAAGGAGCCUGAAGUUUGCCUGAUCUUUUCCCUGGACAGAGUUUGGCUGCGAGUGUUGUACUGCUUUAUCUAGUUCAGCAAACAGUUUGGUUUGCUACAAUAUUUAUAAGUAAACUGAAGUGAAUAUUGUGUCAAGUGAAGAGAAAACAAACGCGUUUCACAAAGGAUCACACAUACAUCAGUUCAUUUAUUUGAAAAACUUCUCAAAAUGGUCAACUCUAACUUGCAAUCUCUGCGUUCAAACAUUAACUUCGACAGGUACAACAAUUGUAUUAUUGUUGUGGCUCAGAGGGAGAUGUGUCGAGUGUUUCUGUGGCUUUACCACCACCACCACCAGGAGGACCCGCGCCUCUAUGUUGGGGACUGUCUGCUCAACACUCGCGGUGGAAUGAAAGGUCUUUUUCCCCGGGAAAGAGCCGCUCUGGGCCGACGAGACAAUCCGGUAAAAAUGGACAUCACGCUGCUGUACAAGCUUCUCCAGCGCACCUGCAACCUUGCUGAGGACCCACCAACAUCAUCUGUUUGGAACAGUCCAACUACGCCAGCUGAGGAACAGAGCUUAGAACACACAUUAUAUAAGAUAAAGGAAUUGAGAAAUGACUUAGAUCACGAAUCAAUGAAAUUUGCACACAUGACUGAAGAUGAUCUUAAAGCUCGAGUUUGUGAACUUUGUGACCUGUGCUGCCAUAUUAUACAAGAAGCUGGUCCACGCACUGGCCGGACACCACAGGAGAUAAAUACCGCCAUAGACAACAUAAAGAACGGCCUUCAGUAUAUUCAGACCUCAAGGCCAGCCUCGGGUAUGACUCCUCAGAAGUUUGCUAUGUUUGCUAAACAAGAGUACAAGGAACUGAGAGGGACCACGUUAGACACGAGCAGCUCAUGUGUCAUUCCAAUAAUUAAACGCUCAAUCAGCAUGACGGCCAUGACACCAGAGGAGGAGGUGUCACUCUCACAGCUGCUCAAGUGGCGGUGUGUGGAUGGCACUGUGCCAGAGAUCAUUGUGGUGCAAGGCGACAUUGGUGCAGGCAAGACCUUCCUCUCUCAACAAGUAAUGGACUCGUGGUUGAAGAAUGACAACAGGAUUGAUGACCUUGCUGGGUGUGACCUGGUGGUGUUAAUCCAGUGUCAUGAUGUGUUCACUCGCGACCUGGUGCGACUUCUGCAGGAUAAUUUACUGCCUCAGACUAUCCAGUGCUGUGAGGCUACUGAAGUAAUGGGCAUUCUUAACUCUUUAAGGAUCCUGUGGAUUAUAGAUGGAUUUGAAGAUGCCUCAGCUGAUGCUAAAGGAUUAUUAACUCGUCUCUUCAGCUUGGCAGGGCCAGAGCAGACCUUCAUUGUGACAUCUCGACCGGAAUAUACUCUUGCGUUAACCAACAUCAUUCCUAAAGGUAAAAAUAUUUGUGAAGUAACACUUAGUGGCCUUAGUAGUGACGGAAGGAACGCUCUUCUGAAAGAAUUAAUACAAAAAAAGAAUAGCAAUGCAUCAGAGUGUACAAACGAAUAUGAACAAUUUAAAAUAUACUUGAAACAACAAAGUUCAGAAGUUCAAAUGGAGCUCAGUAACCCACUUAAGUUAAUACUUGCUGUUAAAUUUUGGAUAGAUAAAAGCAAGAUUGAGUUAGGAACUACUCUGUCUGACCUGUACAGUGCGAUACAAGAUGUCCAUGUCAAAAAUGUAAUGGAAAAACUAAAACUCAAAAGCAGCCUACUUGAAGAGGAACUCUUGGAACGAGUUCAGGAUUGGCUCAAAAUAUUGUACAAAGUUGCUUUUGAUAUGACAACUAAAAGCAGAUUUAUUAUAAUUGAGAAAGACGAUGAAAAAUUACUGAAAGGUGAAGGUCGAUGUCUUCUGCCUUCAUACACGGACUGUUUGUCAACGUUCCUAAGUCUCACAGAGGGAGGAAGUCAGUACAAGUUUGUACACAACACUCAACAAUAUUACUUCGCUGCACAACACAUUUGUGCGUUGUUGUCACAUGAAACAUUUGAUGAAAGCAAGUUUGCUGAACUGUUCAACGUCGAUCUAGCUCAAACAGGGCAAAUAGAUCGUUUUUAUGAAGUACUGCUACACACUGUUUCAAGUUUGAUUACACAAGGAAAAUUGAACAAUGACAGAACAAAAGUUUUGAUCAAAAUUCUGAGUCAUUGUCAAAACUGUAGUUGGCUUGAUGUGGUGCAUUAUGCUUCAUGCACUGACACUGUCGUCAAGGAGGUUAGUAAUUACAUGCCAGACUUGUGGGGUGUCACUGACGCAAGUGUCAAGGCGACCUUGAAGUUACUACAGUACAAAACUCCCUCUACGAUUCUAAUUGUGAUUCAUGAAGAUCCAGACAAAUUAGUAGAUUUAAAACCCUUAUUGAAACAGAUUGCAGAACAUUUUAUAUGGGUUAUAUUACGUUUUCAGUAUUAUUUUAGUAAUAUAGCAACAGAUAAAACAUGCGAUGAUUAUUUACGAAUACUUUGUGAUUCAACAAAAUGCGUUGUACAUAGCGUUGUAGGAAAACUCAGUCCUGAUGGAUGUGUGCUUUUAUUUCAAAUGCCGCAUUUAAGAUCAUUAAACUUAAUUGUUCCAACUAAAAUAGCACUAGAGAUACUUUUAGCUCUUAGUUCAUCAGCUGGAGAGUUGGAAGAUCUUGCCCUAUACAUUACAAUGACAGAUAUUAACUCACCGCUAGAUAUUUCAGCAAGAGGAAACAUUAACUUAGACGUACACCUAAUCACUGGAGACGUUCAUUUAGAGCCAUUUGUAAACCUCCUCCGGCGCAUCAGUAGUAGAUACAGGAACAUAGCCUUGUAUGGAGCUUCAGCUGAAAAUGUCCUUCAGUUCGUCCAAGGCCUUAAAGCAAAGGGUAUCAAGGCAGAAUGUCUUCUUAGGAAUGUAAACAUAAACACCAGUGAAAUAAAAGGGCAGUUUCUUCUCGCAUAUGGACCAAUACCUAUAACUGUUUCAGAGAUGCAGUUCAUUGAAAUGUUGUGCAAACCUGAACUGAAAAUUGUUUACAGAGGCGACGUUUUGGAAAUGAUGUUAGCUAUACCAAAGGACAUUCAAAACUAGGCUUUAAUUCUGAAUAAUAAUUAUGAUAUUUUUUGAGCACUAUCUAUUGGAAAGCCGUUUUGGAAUAAUUAUUACUCCAUUUACAAGGAAAGCUUUGAUUCAUUUACUGAUAUUUUGUAUAUAUACAAAUUCUUUACAGUUUUAAUACAUAACAGUAAAGUUUUUCUCUUAUGAGGCUUCAACUGAGAUUACUAGUACUGUGCAAACAAAUAUUUUCUUAACAUAAUAAAUGUAAAGAAAGCAAUUAAUUUAAAAAAAACAAUUACUUUUGGUGCCUUAUUCCCAAUGAGAAUUAUUUUGAGGUGACAAAAGGCCAAUUCCGUUGUGUCAGUUCAUGUCAACAUGUGACACUAUCGCUGCCCCAACACAAAAAAAGUUGUUCCAUUACAAAAAUUUAUUAUAUAUGGGAUAAUAUUAGCAAUUGUUGAACUUCACAAGAUUGCCAUUUAAUUAGCUAAAUGAACCAUUAUGUGCCUCUGUAAACCUUUCUACCACCGCCCACGAGAUGGCUACGCAGUGCAUAAUAAAUGAAUGAAUGAAUCAA